AUGGCAUCGUUCGUUGCGGCCAGUCGCUCAGCGAUUAAAUUUUUACAGCUUCCACCUGUUAGAAUCCUUGCCCCAUGCCUUCAGAAUGCGACAGCUAUCAAUCAGCAGCAAGUUCGACACCGGCGUACGAAGCAUUGGGAUCCAAAGUGGAAGCGAUUGCGUAAAGCCAAGUUCGUCAAGAUCGACAUACCGAACAUGAACGAAAAGGCGGACGAACUGUCGCAGGACCAGUUGAAAACUCGCAUGAAGGAGCGUGGCAUUUUACCACCCCGCCCGUGGUUGGAGCGUCCUUUCUACAUCAGCUGCACGGGCGGUGUCUUCGAGCCGUACGUGCCGCCAGAAGGUGAUGGUCGCAUGUCGGCUAUAUCGCGCGAAGGUGCUAAGCAAAAGAUAGAACAGUUGGAAAAGAAAACUAAGUCGAUGAUGGCGGUCCGGAAGAUUCGGAAUUACGAUGAAGAUUUUGAACCGCCCGAGUUCGCUACACUGGCCCAGGAUAUCUACAUCGAUGCUCACAACACGUUGUGUGAAAAGAACAAGUACAAGCUGCGGGAGAUCGUUACGGAGCGAGCGUACCCGGAGCUGAUGCACAAUAUCAGCGAUAAGACGAUUCGUUGGCAGUUUUUGAAAUCACUCGAACCGCCCCGUGUGGUCCACGCGCGCUGCACCGAUGUCAUCACCAAAGAGAACGUGUUCGCCCAGGUGACGGUCCGAUUCCACAGCCAGCAAACGUUGGCCAUUUAUGACCGCUUCGGCCGAUUAAUGCACGGCAGUGAAACGUUACCGAAGGAUUGUCUCGAGUACGUCGUGUUCGAAAAGCAUCUGGCAAACGAGUAUGGCGUUUGGCGGUUGCACGAAAAGAUUAUUCCCGAUUGGAUGCCACCGAAGGCACCCGCAUUCAUUACGUACCGUGUGGAUGAUGAACCACCGGUGGCCGCUUCGGAAGCAGAACCGAAGGAGGUGGUUUCGGCAGACAAAACUGGUACGAUUGCAACCGCAUGA